AAGAUUCAUCUCGUAAGCGUGCGAUUGCACCCGCGCUGCUAUAGAAGGUCGCUCUCGUGCUGUGAUGCAACAGUUGUCAGUUCAGUUUAGUCCGCUGGAGGAAGACAUCGAUCGGUUGCGGCACAUUGUUAGCUUUUGCGGAGACGGCGCAGUUAGAAUCCAGACUCCCAGCAGCUGUCAGACGUCAAAAGUGUUGUCUGGAAAAUAUACACAAAUGUUUGUGGGCAAGUUUUCUAUUGCGGGUUGAUGUGGUUUGUUUUAUGUUGUAAAACUUCCUAUCUGGUUGCCGAUUAUGGCAAACGAGAUCGUCAUAACAGAAAAGGAUCUCUAUCCCAGUCAUCAACCACCUGCUGAUUUCGAUCCAAUUCACCGGAAGCAAUACGUAGAUCCUGGCUCACUUCUGAAGCGCCAGUUCCUUAACUGUUGGACUCGCGAGAACGCGCUUCGGCGAUUUCCAUGCCUGAGGUGGGCCUCACAGUACACCUACAAAAAGUUAGCCUCGGAUGCGAUAGCCGGUGUCACUGUUGGUUUGACAUCGAUUCCGCAGAGUAUAGCGUACGCCGUCGUUGCGAACCUAGAACCACAGUAUGGCCUUUACUCGAGCUUUAUGGGACCAUUCGUAUACGCUAUUUUCGGCAGCGUUAAAGAAAUCGCAAUCACCCCGACGGCUAUCACGGCACUAAUGGUACAGCAGAAAGUGCUGGAGUUGGGUCCUGCCGGAGCCAUCCUAUCGAGCUUUCUGUCCGGUUGUAUCAUGCUACUGCUAGGCAUGAUUAAUUUCGGCUUCGUGGUCCAGUUUAUAUCGAUGCCAGUUACAACCGGGUUCAUAACUGCGGCAGCCAUUACAAUUGUCUCUAGUCAGGUAAAAUCAUUGCUGGGUAUUUCAAGCCCAGGGAAAUCAAGUGGUUUUGUUGAUUCGUGGAGUAACAUUUUCGAGAAUGCAGGACAAACAAGACUGUGGGAUGCGCUGCUCGGAUUUGGAUCGCUGGCGAUCCUCAUCUCUCUCACGCUGAUAAAAGACCGUGGAUUAGGUCGUUGGAGGAUAUGUACCAAGUACGUAUGUCUUCUACGCAACGCCUUGGUAGUUAUAGGUGGAGGAACUAUAGCUUACGUACUAGCAAAUCGCAAUCAACAUCCAUUUCGGUUGACCGGCACGAUAGUCCCCGGAUUUCCCUCUGUGGAAGCUCCACCCUUCUCCACUGAGUUCAACGGAGAGUUCUACAACUUCUCCCAAAUGAUCCAAAUGUUGGGCUCUUCGGUUAUCACGAUUCCAUUAAUUUCAAUCCUAGAAAUUGUUUCGAUUGGAAAAGCUUUCUCGAAGGGUAAGCCAAUUGAUGCAACACAGGAAAUGAUCGCUCUAGGUUUGUGCAACAUGGCCGGUUCUUUUACGUCGUCCUUCCCAACAACAGCUUCGUUCGCUCGAACGGCCAUAAACAGUAGCAGUGGCGUUCAAACUACAUUCGGAGGCAUCUUUACCGGCGCAUUGGUCCUCUCAGCGCUGGGACUGCUAACCGAGUACUUUUACUAUAUCCCAAAAGCCACACUCGCAGCAGUUAUCAUUGCGGCAAUGAUCUUUAUGAUCGAGUAUCGGGCAGUGGCGGAGAUGUGGCGCAUCAAGCGGCUCGAUAUCAUACCUUUCCUGGCGACGGUGGUGACCAGUUUGAUACUUGGUGUGGAGAUCGGCAUAGUCGUCGGAAUCGCAGUGAACUUAUGCUUCCUUUUGUACUUGAUAUCUCGACCAAGAAUUGAUCAUCAUCUAAUCAAGAUAAGUACAACGACAGCCCUCAUACUGAGACCUAGUAAUGAUCUGGCCUUUUCCUCUGCUGAAUAUCUUCGAGAGAAAAUCAUCAAGUUGGCCACUAAACACGAAGCGGAUCUGGUCGUGAUAAACGGAGACUCAAUCAAGUACAUUGACUCUACAGUGGUGAAAAACCUUUCGAGCACCGUUACGGAUUUGAACGCUCAAGGUCGUCAUGUUCUGCUGUGGCGAUGGAAUCUUGAAGUACAAUACUCCCUGUACAGGUAUCGUAAGGAGCAGUUUAUGCCGCUUUUCAAGUCCGAUGAAAACGAGGAAGAAAUGGUACAGAGUUGGCACAAUGAUAAAAAUAAAAUGUAAGCCUCCAAAUACCAGUUAACCGUCGUACAAAAUAGUUUAGCCUAAAUAAAAAAGAUGCUGUGAACAGUAUGGAUGUAGUAGUUUAUUUUGUAACAUAGUUCGAAUAUCGGAUACGGUUGCAAACAAUAAUAAGGCUGAAUAAAUAGUUUUACUAGUAUCGCUGUCAA